UGGUCAAUGGCAGAGAUUUUCAAAGGACAACAGUAUUGAACAUUUUCAAAGAAGCUAUUGUAUGUGAUGAUGAGCAGUAUGGGACUGGACCAGAAGGCAGCACAUCAAGCAUCGGAUGCGAUAUAGGUCAAGAGGGAAUGAAGACUGCGGUGUGUCAGACAGAUGGAGAGUGGAAACUUUUGGAGGACACCUGCAUCAUAACAGAAUUCAAGAAUUUACUCCUUAGUUCAGAGGAUUUGAUUGUGGACGAUGUGGCAAAUUUUGUGGCAAAUCUAAGUGACACUGUCGGAGAAUUUAAAGAACAAAUUGUAAAUUCAACUGCAACCAUAUCAGCUAUCGUUGAGAUCCUAGACAACAUUGCAGCGCUUAACAUUCAGGAAGUCAGUAGAGAUAGCAUGCAGGAUAUCCUUGACACAGUUGAUGUCAUCGUUGGUGAUGACUCGAGAGAGUCCUGGGUAGUUUUGAAUGCAAAUGAAACCCGCAAUGUGAGCUCAAAAUUACUGUCUUCAAUGGAGAUCCUCUCUGACGUAUUGAUCGGAACUUUUUCCAUUGCCACUGAACGGAUCUUCCUCGACAGAACCACAUUUAACAACUCCUUUAAGGCAGAUCUGAAUAACAGCGUUGUCCUUGACAUUCCAAACACCGACAUUAGCAACAUCCCUAUCACCACCAUUACCUUCUUUACCCUUAAUAUUGUUAUGCCCGCACGAAACACCAGCUUUAACAUCAACACCAACAGCAAUGACACCCUCCCCGAUAAUGCCAUCAACGCUGCUGUGGUGCUAGUCAAAUUAAAUGCAACAAUUCAGAAUGUAACUCUGAGCUACAGCAAGUUAAAUCAGUCCCUGUCACUACAUCCCCAGUGCGUCUUCUGGAACUUCACACUCUUAAAUAAUCUGGGUGCCUGGGAUGAUGAGGGGUGUGAGUUUAUUUCUGAAAUAAACAACACUGUAACCUGCAGAUGCAACCAUCUCACCUCCUUUUCAAUUCUGAUGGCAACAGACAUCCCUCGAGCAGUGAGAGAAGCCUUGGAAAUAAUCACUUAUGUUGGAGUUGGGAUUUCUCUGGCAAGUUUAGUUAUAUGUCUCAUUAUUGAAGGAUACGUUUGGAAAGCCAUUACUAGAAAUAGCACUGCCUUCAUGCGUCAUGUUUCCAUCAUUAACACUGCCCUGUCUCUGUUGAUCGCUGACAUCUGUUUUAUCAUUGGUGCCUCUAUUUCCAAGAACCUAGAGGAGGACUAUGAAGCUUCAGUUGAUCCUUGCAGCACAAUAACAUUUUUUAUGCACUUUUUCUACCUUGCUGUGUUCUUUUGGAUGCUUGUCUCAGGCCUUCUGCUCUUUUACCGGACAGUCAUGGUCUUCUCCCACAUGUCCAAGUCAACCAUGUUAGCGAUAGGCUUCAUAUUGGGCUACGGGGCCCCUCUGAUCAUUGCUGUUAUUACUGUUGCUGUCACAGCACCACAAGAUGGAUACAUCAGCAAAAACAAUGUCUGUUGGCUCAACUGGUCUCCAACAAAAGCCCUGCUGGCCAUGGUGAUACCUGCAUUAACUAUAGUUUUCAUCAACAUAAUAAUCGUAAUCGUGGUAUUGUUCAAAAUGCUGAGAAGAGGUGUGGGAAAUGUCGCCCAAAACGAUGAAAAGCAGACGCUGGUGGUCAUAUUAAGGUGUGUGGUUAUUUUGACACCUUUAUUUGGACUGACCUGGUCUUUAGGAGUGGGAACCAUUGUAACAUCAAACAACAACGGAAUCCAUAUUACCUUUGCACUCUUCAAUUCACUACAGGGUUUCUUCAUUUUAGUGUUUGGGACACUAUUUGAUUCAAAGAUCCGUUCUAUCCUCUCAAGGAAAUUCCCUACAACAAGCACAACCUCUAAUACAACAAGAAGUACAAGUGGUGGCAUUUCCUCUCUCAGUGGACUAAACUGGAUACGUCGAUUGCGUAGAAAUAUCUACCGUGUGUCAGAAGCUACAAACUCAAGAAGCACUGGUGCAUCGGAGUCAUUCACCAAUAUCUGAAUCAACGCAUCAAACUGUAUAUAUACAAUGUUUUUCAUUAGGCCUACCGAUUCAAAAGAUCUGCCAGAUAUUAUAAGAUUUUUCAGUACAUAAUUAGAAACUUAAAAGUAUACAGUUCACUGGAAUGAUAUUGUAAAAUCCGGUGCAACAAACAUGAAAGACAGCAUGAUCAUUUUACUGUUCCCAUUUCUUUAACGAGAAGCCUUCAUAAAGCAAGUGUGACAUAUCUGAAAUGUAAAGUUGAGUGACACAAAAUUGUAAAUAAAACUGGUAUUAUAUAUUA